GAAUUAAAACUUUUGGAUUUUGAAUCUUUUUACCAGUUUUGAAACCUUAAUCGUUUGAUUCAAUCUUCUUUGUCAAAGGCUUGGUUGAUUCCUUGUUUUUUUUUCUCCGGCUGCCUUGCGGUUCAAGUAAUCACAAGGCGGCGGCGAGGAAGAAAGAGUAAUAUUCAAAUGAUGAAGGCUGUUACAGUUAAAGCGGGGAUGAAGUUACCUUGGGGUACACGCUAUUCAUUAAGUCUAUUAAUCCUGUUAUCAUCAAUUAUUUUCCUGUGCAACGGCCAGGAUUAUGGAACGCCAACGGAAGAUGGAGCAGGAGGAGGCGAACCACCGCCUGAGAUGGCUCAUUGUAACGGUAUUUUCAUGAGCUACAGCUUCGGCAGCCGUGAAAGAGAGUACCCUCACGUCAGAACGUGACCGCACAGUCUUGGGAGUUUAAAGCGACUGCGAUGAUUGUAAACGCGGGCAAGGAAGAGCUCAUGGGAUGGCAAAUGUUUAUAGGGUUUCGUCACAAGGAACUAAUCGUUUCUGCGACUGGUGCGGCUCCAAUGGACGGAGAUUAUCCUCUGGAUGCUAGCAACGGAACCACGUUCAUUGGAUCGCCAAACACAGAUUUGAAAACCUCUAUUGAAACCGCAGGUGACUUCACACAGAUAUCGACCAAUAUCGAAAUCACCGGGACCCUUUUUGGGGUUGCAAAGUCGGUCAUGCCCAUGCCAAAAACUCUUAAGCUCAUCAACGACGGUUGGGAAUGUCCUGCCGCAAAGAGGAAAGAUACAAAAGCAAAGAUGCAGAACCAAGGGAACAAAAGCUAUUGAGAGAAGCAAGGAAUAAGAGAUUCGAAAACUAAAACACUUCUUGA